UAAUAAUGGCUUUUUGUUCGGUGGAAAUUUGCGCUCCGCCUGGCUCAUGGAAAACACCAAUAAAACACGACCAGCUUCACCUGGGCCAGCAGAGGCAGGGUUAGGUGCAGAGGGAGCCAGUCCAGGGGGUUGGACUCUGCGCCAAAAUAACUCCAUUCUGUGCGCAGCAAUGACUGCAUGUCUGGAGCCACAGCAGCAAGAAGCGAUCAGAGGCUGAACGACCCGAUUCCAGGAAGGCAGACGGCUGUGGACGGAGUUCAGUUUUCCUUUGUGGCUAGAACAAAAGAAAAAGACAAGUUUUUUUUAAAGAAGGAGAGCCCUGCUGCCCCACAGCCAUGAGCUCAGAGAAAAGUUUCGGCAACUUUCUGUUCCGGGCAAUAGAUGAUGACCUGAGUGCGUCACUUGCAGUAGCAGAUGAGUUAUCCAAAGAAUUUAGCUCCAUGCUGCAGGAGGCCUCCAAGGACAACGACACGGCACCUGAAUAUAAGACCAGUUCCCAAACCUCCAGAGACAAAUCUCAGUCAUCUGGGCUUUCCAGCAUCUCCAGCUCUACAUAUUCAGCGAGCAGCAAUAAUGGCACCUCCAGCUCCAAACCCACCUCUCCCAGCUCUACUUACUACACCAGCGAUUUAAACAUCUCCAGCAGCAGGAAUGCUCCAUCACCCCCUGUCAUCUCCAACAGCCCCCACUCAUCUCCAAAGAUGCUCAGAAAGGUGCACAAUACACAUCAUCGAUCCGGAUCAGAUGGCUACCUGGUUAUGCCACAGAGCCCCAAACAGCCCCCCCGCUCCCCCAGGACCAGCUCCUCAUCUUAUUUUGAAAGGGGUCCACAAGCCGUGAUUAGUCAAAUGGAAAGAACCCAAUCUCCGAGCUGGACAUCCGGUUCUUUGGACCAGUCACCACGCUUUGCUUCACAGCAGAUGUCCGCAAAUCUUCUAAAUCCAUACGAUGGCAACCAGAUGGGACGCAGGUCCCCUCAGCAGGUCCCCUCAGCUGGAUUUCUUAGGUCUCCCUCUCCUCUGUCUUUGAACUCUCAAGCACCCAGCACCCUUCCUCGAAAUUUUACUUCAUUCAGUCCAAAUGAGUCUGGGAUGAGGCAAAAAAAUCCUGGGAAGUGGAACGAAACAGAUCUGGACAUGUCCUACGAGAGGAAACCUCACCACACCUAUGACAAGACAGAGUGGCUCCGAUCAUCUGCUCCAAACAGCAACUGGCGAGAAUCCAACCUUGAUGGCCCUCCUCCAGCCUUAGGCCCUAAAAAGGACCCUCGCUCAGUUUCCCAACAGGGUUCCUACGGUUCUUUGCCUCGCUCUGCUCGUAUAGCAGUUCCACCAGAUGCUUCGUCCUCAGGACACUCCAAUUUCAACCCCAAGGCCAUCAUCUCCCGCGUCAAUAUGCCUCCCAUAGCUACCCAGCCACGCCAAAGCAGGCACAUACCAAUCUCUGUCAUCUUGCGCCUCCAAAAUCCGCAAUACGGACAAAUGUCAACCCUCAAAAGUCAAACCUUGGAAGGACAAGAAGGCUUUUCAGCUCAACGCCUGCCUGAUGCUGCUCUGAGGAAGUUCUUCCAGUCACAUGCUCACCAGCAACAGCAAUAUCCACCAGAGCUGAAACAACCAGCUGUUUAUAGUGAUGCACUACGCCCGGGGGAUGUAGAUGCCGAAAUAGAGCGGCCAGACUAUCUUCAACAAAACCCAGGAACUUUGGAGAAUCCUGCCAUGCCAGGGGUUAGUAGGGAAGCUGAACAGAUUGUGACCCCUGCUCCUCGGCCCCUGAGCCCAACCAACCUGCAACCAGUGGUGGCCCCUGAGGUCCAGAACCCUGAGAUCCCAGAUCGGGAGGAGCUGCUCCGCAUCAGGGCUGAAAUUCCUCGGGCACUGAAGAGACUGGGAUCUGUGAACAAAUCUCAUCCCCCAAAGAAGGCCUUACAAUACCAGCCAAACCAGUAUAAAACCGUCAUCCACAAGCUUUUUAAGAAGAAAGAUCACCAACCCAAAGGGGGAAAAGGUAGUGAAAGCUCCUCUGAUGGGGAGGAACCCGCCCUGCCUUGUGUUCCUCUACCUCCAGUUCCAGUGAUUUCAAAAGAUGAAAAAUACAAUUCUAUUCUACGGAAGCCUGGUCGCAAGAAAUCUGCAAGGCGAGCUAAACUUAGCCCACUGGUCCUGCUGCUGGAUGGAGCAUUGAUGGGAGAACUGGAAACAGUGGUGCAGGCUGUGAAGGAGAUGAGUGACCCCAGCCAGCCAAAUGACGAGGGCAUCACGGGCCUGCAUAACGCCAUCUGCGGGGGACAUCGCGAAGUGGCCGACUUCCUGGUUCGCAUUGGAGCCAAUGUCAGUGCACCAGACAGCCAUGGCUGGACUCCGCUGCAUUGCGCAGCCUCCUGCAACGAUCGUGAUAUGUGUGAGUUUUUGGUGAGGAACGGAGCUGCUAUCAUGGCCUUUACUCACAGAGAUGGAGCAACCGCCUCCCAGAAGUGUGAUCCUUACCUUGAUGGGUUUAUAGAGUGUGAGAGCUAUCUAAGAGCCAAGGAGGAGUCCAUGGGGGUGGACAACAAUGGGGUGCUGUAUGCUCUGUGGAACUACAAAGCUCAAGCACCUGAUGAGCUGAACUUCAAGGAAGGAGACAUGGUCACUAUCCUGCAGAUAACAGAGGGCACUAACUGGUGGUGGGCCUCGCUCUGUGGCACGGAGGGCUUUGUUCCAAACAACUUAUUUGGUCUUUUCCCAAAAGUUCGUCCAAAAUUAUGAGGUCUUCUAAACAUCCAGGGUGGUCAAGCUGCUGCAUAGGACUGCCUCGAAGACUCUUCUCACCUUCGCAAUGUCAUUUGACUCAAAUGUGAGAAGAAUGCAUUGCUGAAAGGGAUGUAACUUCUUCUGAUAUUCCAGAAGGAGACAUGGAAAAGAUGUGAUGAGGAUAAAUAGUUAUGCUGGUUGAAGGAAAUGUUUCUGGUGAAGCUUCAUGUCUGAAUUUAAGGUGACCACUCAGUCAAACUUUACGAAGGUUACAAAGAUGUCAUCCUCCCUGCCGUUUGCUCAGCUGUGCUCCAGUCAGACUUUUCUGACUUGUUGCCUUGUUACAGAUCAACCUGUGGUUGUUGAUGUUCAGUCCACUCAGCAGUUAGGUCAGUGUAGGCAGUCAGUUUAGUCUCGGUUCUGCUCAUUGCUGGAACAGUGUACACCCAGGAUGCAUCACCAAGUGAAAGAAGCGUGUCUAAUGUGUAAGUUUGAAGUUUUCACAUUAUUUAGCUGUAUAUAAUUCAGAUAUGACAGCUUCAGCGUUAGUCAGUCAGAUAUUAAAUUAGACCUACUCUGUGGACCACAUUCAUGAUGUUAAUACUGAAUGAAUGAGAUGUGAAUUUACAUAGUAUUACAAGAACUAAGUAGUCUUUGAUAGGUUUCUGUCUUGCAUAAUUCAUUGCACAAUUAUCUUUUGGAUGUAUUCACGUUGCCUUUAAAGGUGAAUCAUGUUGGGAGGGGACUGUGAGUUUUCUAUGAGUAAGAGAUGUGUAAAACAAGGGAAUGCAUGUGUUUGUUGGGUGUAAUGUCAGCCGUUCAUUUUUCCUUUUUGUACUUUGAGUGGAAUACCAUAACUAAAUGUUUAAACAUUCAGUAAAUAUAAAGGAUCUGCUUUCAGUUUUUCAAUAAAACUAUCUGUUACAGUAACAUGUUAUCCAGCAGCUUGUGUUACCCCAUAUAAAAGCCUAAGAAAUAAAAUGAAUCAUUUAUUCCAGA